CCAUAGAAUGAUCGUUGAACGGUUUAUUAGUUACGAAUAUCUAUAAGCAAAAAUACAAACAAACAAAAAUCAAAUAACACAAAAGAAUAAUUAUAAAAAUUUCAAAAUCUAUUCAUAAAUUUAAAUAAUAGUGAGAAUCUAUAGAACACAAACAAAAAGCACACAAUUUUAAAAACGAUUAAUGAUAAAAAUGAGAAUAUUAAUAACAAUAGUUUUAACAGUUGGCUUCAUCUCGUCGUUACAAGUGACAGCACAGGAAAAUACUAAAAAUGUAACUGAAGUUUCAAAUUCAAAUAAAACGGAUGCUAUAUUAAUUGCAACAAAUGUUACGGAUACCUUAAUGCAAACAUCAACUACUAUUAAAAAUGAAAUCAAUACGGAAAGUUUAGACCCCAGCACAGCUUCUCCCCCUACAAUAACAUCAUCUUUAACAACUGAAAGAAUAAAUUACACUACUACAACGUCAUCACCCUCAACAUGGUCUACCUUGCCACUUACACCUGCAACUGAAGCAACAACCACUUCAUCAUCAUCAUCACAGACUCCUUUGAUACCUUCUCCAUCAACAACCGAAACAGCAACAACAACAGCACAACCUACUCCUCAAGAUACUCCAAUUUCGAAUCAAUACUGUGCCCCCUCAUUGUGUGAAUUCUAUAAUGGCACCCAUACGAAUACAAAACCUCAUAUUGCUUGCAAAAAUCGUGGUAAUUUCAGUCCGGCUUGUGGUUCACAACCGCAUCUCUUGAAAAUGAGCGAACGACGACGUAAUCUCAUUUUAGAUUUACAUAAUUUGGCACGUUCACGUAUUGCAUCCGGCCAAGUGGAUGGCUAUAAGUCGGCAUCUCAUAUGCCACAACUUAAAUGGGACAAUGAAUUAGAGUAUUUAGCUGGGUUGCAUGUGAAACGUUGCAGAUUUGAGCAUGAUUUAUGCCACAAUACGCCGCGUUACCCCUACAGUGGUCAGAAUAUUGGUUAUUUCUGGAAAGGCGCUAAUAUCACAUCGCAUUCGAAACGUAUGAAGAAUUUCAUUGUCAAUUGGUAUAAGGAGCAUAAGGAGGCAAAUCAAACAUUCAUUGAUUCAUUUCAUUUGCAUCCAGAUAAAAAAGUAAUCGGUCAUUUCACCGCAAUGGUUGGCGAUCGUGUCCAUCAUGUCGGCUGUGCUACCAUACGUUUUUAUGAAUCAAAUUUAACCAAAAUCUUAAUGACAUGCAACUACGACUACAAUAACUUUUCGGAUGAGCCCGUCUAUCAGACGGGACCGACAGCGUCGAAAUGUGGCUACAAGAUUAGCGAAAAAUUUCCGGGACUUUGUGAUUGGAAGCAGCCAACAUAUGAAUAUGAACCGGAGCAAGAAGAAAACGAAAAUAGUAGUAAUUUAGUAUUUAUUAAGUAGUUAAUUGUUUUAUACUUUAGUAUUAUUGUUAAAUAUU